GAUUACUAUUACUUAGUACUGUUAUACUACUUCUAAUAAAGUUAUUUUAUAAGUUUAUUAGCAAUAAAAUUUUCAUUACAAUUUUUUGAUAAAUUUUCUCGUAAAAAUGUUAUUCCGAUUAUUUAUUUUCAAUUUUUAUAGUUUUUGGAUUAUAAAUCAAGGUUUGAUGGUUUACAGUGUCCCAAAAUCAGAUCUAUAUUUAAAAUAUGUUAUCGAUGUAUUCAAUCAUAUUCGUAUACAAGAUGGAUGGGAUUUAGAGGAAGUGUGUGAAAUCAAGAUCGGUGAAAAUUCACAUAAAGUUUCUUUUAAUGACAUUUUAACAAAAGCAGUGGAUAAAAGCAAUUUUUCUGAAAAAAUACCAUUGAUAAACAACUUAAUCAAUCUUAAGUACACUGAAAUUUUGAAAGUAUUCAAUAUUAUUUUGGACCGUUUUAUACAAAAAUGUAACAAUUACAAAAAUGACGAACGAUAUGAAGUAUUUAUUAAUUGCUCUCUAUCUUUACAGUAUGCAUUAGAGUAUUCAAAAGACAUGCUUUCAAAAUUAUCAUGUGCUACUGAAUUCUUAAGUAAUAUUAAUGAAAAACUCACUGUAGAUUAUGGAUUAGAAUUAAAUAGUAUUGAUAAACAAUUUCAGAUAAUAAUUCAACAAUCAUCAACAAUAUUAAUUCAUAAAUAUAAUGCAGUAUAUGUUGCUCUUAAUGAUAUGGAAAUUUUUCAGAUCUUUUGUAACACAAUAAAAAACAAAAUAAUAGAACUUGACAUGAUAAAUGAAAAAUGGUGUUGUUUUAAUAACAACUCUGUUCUAGCUACUUUAUUUACGCUGUAUGGUGUACAAUAUGACAAAAACCCUGCUACUGACCGUGUUGAAAAAACUUUUAACAAUUUAAAAACGUUAUAUAAAAUAACAAUUCAAAACGACUUUCAUAAUUUGGGCUUUACAGAACUAAUCUAUUCUACAGCAAACGGAUACAUAAAGCCACCUUUCGAAGAAGAGAAUAGAAAGUAAGUUAUUCCAAACCACCGCUCAAAAGAGAUAUAGAAGAAGGAGAAUUUAAACCAAAUAAUUAAUAAGAUUGCGUAUAAUCGAUUAAAUUUUUUAACGUGAUUUUUAUUGUAUUAAUAAAAAAAAUAUAUUGUGUUUAAUAUUAAAGUUAUUAUUUUGCACUAUCUAACUUUUAAUUAAAAAUGAAAUUUAAUUGCAAAAGGUUUAUACCUUUUAGUUUCGAUGCGAAGCUGAGAAGGUAUUGGUUUUACUAUGAUGUGUUUUUUUUUAUUGUGUCUGUUACCACUUUUUCUCAGCUCUCACUAGACCGAUUUCUUUCAAUGAUACGUCAAAAUAUCAUAAAUCGUCUCUAGUUUAAAAAAAUUUCCUUGUUUGCAGGGGUGCAUAUCCUCCAAAAACUUACGAUUUUUAAAAGCAGUAAAUUUUGGCAUUUUUUUCUUUUUUUUUUAAACUGCUUUAACUUUUUGAAAAAUGAACAAAUCUACAUAAUUUUUUAAUAUUGAAAAAUUAGAUAUUUUCCUUUCAUUUAAUAUCAUUUUUUUGAUAAUCUAACUCUUAACCUGCUCACAAGGAGGGAUUCAAAAUAGCAACAUUUUUACAAAAAUCAACUUUUUCAACUUAUCUUUUGAAAAUGUUCC